AUGGUGACUGUGGCUAUGAUAUCUGCUCUUGUAAUCACAAAAAGAACUGCCAAAGGGCGUAGGAGGCUGUACCCUUUAGAGAAGGUCAUGUUGCAUCUUCUACCUGCUCUUGGGGCAUGUAUGGCAUUGUUUGACAUAGUUUUGAUUGCGAGGAAAGCAUUUAGUGGUUGCCCCGUUGCAUAUCAUGAAUGGCUAUUUAGAUGCUCUCAACUCUCUGUUUGGGCUGCUGUUCUACUUGUGUCAAAGUGUGACUACUGGUUUUCUGUCUUUUCUUAUCGCAUCCUGUGCUUUUGGUGGAUCAUGAGACCUUUUUUAUGGAUCCCUCAUCUGCAGAGAACCUUUUCUUCGUUGGAGGCUUUACGAUGUCUUAAAGAGAGCUUUGCUUUUUUAGUGGAUAUCAUGUUUGCGAUCUUGGUUAACAUUUUCAGGAUGAAGCUGGCCGCUCUCAAAAGCAGUUCGAUUGAAGAGCCACUUCUCUCUUUUGAAGUGGACAUUGAAGAAGAUCGUCACACGGGUCCUGGAAUUGCUCACCGCUAUUGGCAUCUGAUGACAUUCGAAUCUAUUGGUUCUGUGAUGGAACAUGGUGUGAUAAAGCAGCUUGACUUUGAAGAUUUACUUCAGCUUCCCACUGAUAUGGAUCCUUUGUCCUGCCAUAAUAUGCUGCUAAAAUGUUGGCACGCCCAACAGAGAAAUGAUUGUUCUCAUCCUUCCUUGUUUAGCACGAUUUGUUGCGCCUAUGGAUGGCCAUAUCUCCGUCUAGGUCUGUUAAAGGUGCUUAAUGAUUGCAUUGGUUUUGCUGGGCCACUGCUUCUUAAUAAGCUGAUUCGUUUUCUUCAACAAGGUUCUCGGGAUUUUGAUGGCUAUAUUCUUGCAAUAUCCUUGGGCCUCACAUCUAUUUUAAAAUCCAUCCUCGAUACUCAAUAUACUUUUCAUCUUUCCAAAUUAAAGUUGAAGCUACGGUCUAGUAUUAUGACUGUUAUUUAUCGAAAGUGCCUAUGCGUUAGCGUAGCAGAAAGGUUCAAAUUUUCUGAGGGGGAAAUUCAGACGUUCAUGUCGGUUGAUGCUGAUCGGACUGUCAACUUAUGCAACAGUUUUCAUGAUAUCUGGAGCUUGCCUUUUCAAAUUGGAGUUGCGUUGUAUCUGCUGUACACACAAGUCAACUUUGCUUUUGUUUCUGGAGUUGGGAUAACGAUUUUGUUAAUACCAGUCAAUAAAUGGAUUGCCAAUUUGAUUGCCAAUGCGACAAAAAAUAUGAUGGAGCAAAAGGAUGAGAGAAUUAGAAAGACCGGAGAACUUUUGACGUAUAUUCGCACUUUGAAAAUGUAUGGCUGGGAGCUUCUUUUUGCUAGUUGGUUGAUGAAGACAAGAUCCUCAGAAGUGACUCACUUAUCAACUAGGAAGUAUAUGGAUGCAUGGUGUGUAUUCUUUUGGGCUACAACACCAACUCUUUUCCCUUUGUUCACAUUUGGACUGUACACAUUGACGGGACAUCACCUUGAUGCUGCAACGGUUUUCACUUGUCUUGCUCUCUUUAAUAAUUUGAUCUCUCCAUUAAACUCAUUCCCAUGGGUAAUUAAUGGAUUAAUUGAUGCUAUUAUAUCUACUAGGCGGUUGACCAAGUUCCUCUCCUGUUCUGAGCAUGACCCUCAACUGAAACAGACAGGCGUUUCUUCAUCAUCAUCUUGCUCUAAUACCAAUUCUGACAUUGUAUUUGAAGAUAUGGCGGUUGUCAUCUGUGAUGCAUGUUGUGCAUGGUCAAGCAGUGAUGAGGAUGAAGGGGUUCUGGUGUUAGACCAUUUAACUCUAGCAAUUCCAAAAGGUUCCCUGGUUGCCGUAAUUGGAGAGGUUGGUUCCGGUAAAUCAUCCUUGUUAAAUUUGAUUCUGGGAGAAAUGAAGCUCAUAAGUGGAUCGACAUAUACAAAUGGGUCAAUAGCAUAUGUACCACAGGUUCCCUGGAUUCUCUCAGGAACUAUCCGUGACAAUAUUCUGUUUGGAAAAGUUUACGACUCGAAAAGAUAUUCAGAUGUGUUACAGGAAUGUGCACUGGAUAUUGAUGUUUCAUGCAUGGUUGGAGGUGAUAAGGCUUUUAUUGGAGAAAAAGGAGUCAACUUAUCAGGUGGACAGAAAGCUCGUCUGGCUCUUGCCAGGGCUGUUUAUAGUGGAGCUGACAUAUUCAUGCUUGAUGACGUCCUUAGUGCAGUUGAUGCACAAGUUGCUCGCUGGAUUAUAUCCAAUGCGAUUCUUGGUCCUCACAUGAAGAACCAGACUCGAGUUCUCUGCACCCAUAACUUUCAGGCAAUAUAUGCUGCUGACACGGUUGUUGUCAUGGAUAAAGGACGAGUGAAGUGGGUGGGAAAUCCAGCUGAUUCGUCUAUUUCUCCAUAUUUAGCAUUUUCUUCGCUAAAAGAACUGGACAUAUCUCCUCAUAUUCAAACCCAAGAAAGUAGUGAACAUGUUGUUAUUAAAGCCCAACAAGAGGUCCUUGUAGAGGGUGAAGGUAUAUAUGUUUCUGAGGAAGCCCAAGAAAUCACUGACGCUGAGCUGAGGAAAGAGGGCAGAGUGGAACCCACCGUAUACAAAAAUUAUGCCGCGUUUUCUGGUUGGUUUAUUACAAUUGUUACAUGCCUUUCAGCCAUCUUAAUGCAAGCUUCUCGUAAUGGAAAUGAUCUGUGGCUGUCUUAUUGGGUUGAUUCAACAGGAAACUAUGAAAAGGAGUAUUCAACGUUCUUUUACCUGGUUAUACUUUGCAUCUUCUGUGUGGUGAAUUCCUUGCUAACAUUAGUGAGGGCAUUCUCAUUUGCAUUUGGUGGCUUGCGUGCUGCUGUUCAGAUGCACAAUGGACUAUUAAAUAAGCUUGUCGAUGCACCUGUUAUCUUUUUUGAUCAGACCCCAACUGGUAGAAUACUUAACAGAUCUUUAUACAAUUGAUGAUUCUCUUCCAUUCAUUCUCAACAUUCUUCUGGCGAAUUUUGUUGGCCUCGUAGGAAUUGCUGUUGUUUUGUCAUACGUGCAGGUCCUGUUUUUACUUCUUUUAUUGCCUUUUUGGUAUAUCUACAGCAAACUGCAGGUAUUUCAUAAACUUUUAUUUCUCAUACACCCAAGGUUGCAUGAAUUUUUGGAUUUUACUUCUAAAUCUCAAUAACACUCAGGAUCUGGAUGUGAAUGAGUCAAAUUACUUAUCCCUCGGUCUAUUAGUGAACCAUCUUUCCAGGAUUUUGAAAGAUAUUCCACUAGAAAUAUUAUUGUUAUUGCUUCAACUCAUUUUCCCCCAAAAGUGGAUCCCCCUCUAAUAGCUCCGAAUAAAUUAAAUACAUGCAUUAAGAAACGAAAGGAGGGAGGGGAGGGAGAGAAUCAGAUGUUGGUUAAAGUUUUUAUGAGUGCCGACACCUGGCAUAUCAAACUUCUGAUAACAAAAUUAACAUAUAAAUUCUUACUUAGGUCUUACAAAUUUUUAUUAUCCUUUUUUUGAAGUUUUAUAUCCUUUCAAUUUCUAUGCUGCUUGAUCACAUAUUCAACCACUCUACCUGCUGAUAAAGUUUGUUUGGUAGUGUUAAGUUAUCCAAUGCAAUGCAAGCACGGUUUGGAGGGAUUUUUACUUAUUUAAUAAGGGAAUUAUCUACUCCAUCCGACGGAUUCUUCCAAUGUGUCAUUUCUAGGUCCAAUUGAAUUCAUAGGUAUAGGAAGAAGCCCUAUCAUUGCUAAUGGGUGGAGUGGCCCAUCAAGUACAUUUCCCCCCCCCCC